UUUUUGACAGUUGGUUCGACAUGGGCGCUGCCAUCUUGUGUUAACCUUGGUUUUUCCUCGUGUUAUCAGUCCUACUGGUGGAGCCGCAGGUCCCGUGAGAACGUUGAGGAAACAUUCAUAAGGAUGGCACAAAUACUAAGCGGAAAGGAUGUGUCAGAAGAGAUUCGUGACAAAAUCAAGCAAGAGAUAUUGGAGAUACAAGGGCAGUUUCCAAGCUUCAAACCUGGACUAGCCAUCGUGCAGGUGGGUGGCAGAGAAGACUCGACCGUUUAUAUCGGCCAGAAACUGAAGAAUGCUGCCGAGGUGGGAGUGAAUGCCAGACAUGUGCUGCUGCCAAACACGGCCACACAACAAGAUAUUAUAAAGACUGUUGAACGUUUGAAUUUAGAUCCAACUGUUCAUGGCAUCAUUGUUCAGUUGCCAUUGGAUACGAGCAGCCCUGUUGACACCCAUCUGGUGACCAACUCCAUCAGGCCUGACAAAGAUGUGGACGGGUUGCACCAGGUGAAUGCUGGGAAGCUAGCGAGGGGAGACCUGGAGGACUGUAUCCUGCCGUGUACGCCUAGGGGAUGUCUGGAACUCAUCCUGAAAACUGGUAUCGACAUAGCAGGGAAGAUGGCUGUGGUGAUCGGACGCAGCAAGAUAGUUGGAGCCCCCAUGUCCAACCUGCUCACCUGGCACCAUGCCACGGUCACUGUGUGCCACUCCAGGACUGUCAACCUUGCAGAUGUGGCUCGUCAGGCAGACAUACUAGUGGUGGCCAUAGGGAAGUCACAGUUGGUACAAAAGGACUGGGUUAAGCCAGGCGCUGUUGUCAUCGACUGUGGAAUCAACACAAUUGAAGAUGCCUCAAGAAAGACAGGCAAGCGCCUGGUGGGGGACGUCGACUAUGAAGGGGUGAAAGAUGUUGCCUCCUGGCUCACUCCUGUGCCAGGCGGAGUGGGACCGAUGACGGUAGCCAUGUUGCUUAGAAACACACUUGAUCAGGCGAAAAAGGCUCUCAACAGGGCUAAGACUGCAAGUGGAUGGAGUCUGCAGCUCCUGAAGCUGAACUUAAAAACCCCAGUUCCUAGUGACAUUGAGAUCGCCCAGUCACAGACCCCCAAGAUGAUCAGUGAGCUUGCAGAGGAGAUAAAUCUGCUGCAGGAGGAAGUCGACCUUUAUGGGAAGUUGAAGGCAAAGGUCUCGCUGAAGGUGCUGGAUCGUCUGCAGAGUCAGCCGGACGGCAAAUACGUGGUUGUUACUGGGAUCACACCUACUCCCCUGGGUGAAGGAAAGAGCACAACCACUAUUGGUUUGACCCAGGCUUUAGGUGCCCACUUGAUGCGGAAUGUUUUUGCCUGCGUACGACAACCUUCCCAGGGACCAACAUUUGGAAUUAAGGGAGGGGCAGCGGGUGGAGGCUACUCUCAGGUGAUUCCUAUGGAAGAGUUCAAUCUCCACCUGACGGGUGACAUUCACGCCAUCACCGCGGCUAACAACCUUCUGGCUGCCCAGAUUGAGGCCCGCAUGUUCCACGAGGCUACACAGACAGACGAGGCCCUGUACAAGAGGCUGGUACCCACAUCCAAAGGAAAGCGCGAGUUCUCAACCAUCCAGCUGAGACGACUUAAGAAACUGGGUAUUGACAAGACGGACCCUAAUUCGCUGACUGCUGAGGAGGUCAGCUCCUUUGUUAGACUGGACAUCAAUCGCGAGACUAUCACCUGGCAGCGAGUGAUGGAUACUAAUGAUCGAUUCCUGCGUAAGAUCAUAGUGGGUGAGGGGAAGGAGGAGAAGGGCCAUUCCCGUGUGUGUCAGUUCGACAUCGCGGUGUCUAGCGAGAUCAUGGCCAUCCUUGCACUGACCACCAGUCUGCAGGACAUGAGAGAGAGACUGGGCAACAUGGUUGUGGCCAGCAGCAAGGCUGGUGUGCCUGUCACUGCUGACGAUCUCGGCAUCACUGGAGCUCUGACUGUCUUGAUGAAGGACGCCAUACGACCAAACCUCAUGCAGACACUUGAGGGCACCCCAGUGUUUGUGCAUGCAGGCCCAUUUGCCAACAUUGCUCAUGGCAACUCGUCCAUACUGGCUGAUAAAAUAGCGCUGAAGCUGGUCGGCAAGGAUGGUUUUGUGGUGACUGAGGCAGGGUUUGGUGCAGACAUUGGUAUGGAGAAGUUCUUCAACAUCAAGUGCCGCUACUCGGGACUUGUCCCUAACGCAGUGGUUCUUGUGGCAACCAUUCGGGCCCUGAAGAUGCAUGGUGGGGGACCCACGGUGGUUGCUGGGGUGCCUUUGCCAAAAGAAUACACACAGGAGAAUGUAGAGCUUCUAGAGAAAGGCUUCGAGAACCUCCAGAAACAGAUCGAGAAUGCCAACAAGUUUGGCGUGCCAGUUGUUGUGGCGAUAAAUGGAUUUGCUUCAGACACCCAGGCAGAGAAGGAGCUGGUUCAAAAGCUGGCUCGCCAGAACGGGGCCUUUGAUGCGAUCAUCUGCAACCACUGGGCAGAGGGGGGUCGGGGAGCAGGGGACCUGGCGCAGGCUGUGGAGCGUGCAUGCAGUCAGCCCAGCAACUUCAAGUUCCUCUACGACGUCUCUCUACCAAUUGAGGAAAAGAUCAGGAUCAUUGCUCAAGAAAUCUACGGAGCAGACGGCAUCGAGCUCUCACCAGAGGCAAAGGAGCAGAUUGAACGAUACAAGAAACAGGGAUUCAACGACCUGCCCAUAUGCAUGGCAAAGACCCACCUGUCUCUGUCCCACGACCCCACCCGCAAGGGGCGCCCCACGGGGUUCACACUCCCCAUCAGAGAGGCCAGGGCCAGCAUAGGGGCCGGCUUCAUUUACCCACUGGUGGGAACGAUGAGCACCAUGCCUGGAUUACCCACAAGGCCUUGUUUCUACGACAUCGACAUUGACCCAGAUACAGAGGAAAUUGUAGGGUUGUCAUAACAACCAUGUAAUAGAGGUCAUUGCAUGACCAGGUACCUCAUGUGGUGUUGGGUGUUACAUAAUGGUCCAAUGUGCAUUUUUAUGACUCUUUUUUAUGAAUAAUGUUUUGACAUAGUGUGUUAAUCAGAUUUUGUUGCCAUCUGAUGAGUUGUUAAUGAACAUUUUGGUGUUGUAUCUAAGAUUGUUCAAUUGCCUCUGGUGUUUUUUUACAUAUCCAAAAUUUAAAAUUUUCAGUAUUCUGUUUUGAAAGGCUCUAUCUUAUAUGAAAUUAUAAAAUGUGGGUCACUGUUAAUUAUGUUUGGAUAGUAAAUUUUUUAAUAUAUAAAUAUUUACAAAUGACCAUUUUGGCAGUACUAGGGUAAAACGGGGAUGGUGUUAAAAAUGUGUGUACAAUAAAUAAAUAUUGAUCCGUGCGCUUAAUAUUUAGUCUAAUAAACAAGCUAAAAUUAUUAUAUUCACCUGAUAAAAAGGAAACACGAAACAGGCUUUAAGGAUAAUUACAAGUUGACCAAUCCUAUUAUGUUUGUCAUUUUGUUGUCAUGUACUCCUUUCAGACAUACGAUACAAAAAGAUUUGUUUUGUUGUUUAUGAUACACAAAAGUGCUUGAAAUUUUAAUACAGUAAAGACAACAAAAAUAUAUCAGCAUAAAAUAUAUAUAAAGAUAUUGAAAGGUAAAUGUGCUUUCUUUUUUGCUGAAGCAAUUUUUAAAAAAAGAGGUAAUUGUCAGAAAAUACAGCACACACAUUGGUCAUUUAACAGUAUUUUCGACAUAUUUCAAUAAAUAUUGAUCAACACUAUACAUGAUACAAUUGAAUGUAUCUUCUAAGAGUAAGAGAUAAUAAAUUGCAUGCUCAUAACAACUUUUUGAUGAUAAAUAAUGGGGAAAAAAAAUUCAUUAUAUCACCCAUCUGUUAAAAAACUGUGUGUGUGCAUAAUAUAGUUAUUUUUCACUUUCAAGGUUAUAAUGUAUGUACAUGAUAACAGCAAAUUAAUUAUUAAAUCAACAAUCAACAUAUUUUUUUUAUAAAAAAUAUUAUGUAUAACGUUUAACUCCUUAAAUCAAACAAAUAAAAAUCAAACAUUGUGACAGUUGCCAUAUAUGGUGAGUGAUUUUUUUCUCCACACACGUACUGAAAGAUAACUUGUACAAUGAACCGUAAAUUUAAUUUUGUAUACCUUGAUCAAGGAAUUAGGUUAUGUUUUUUUAUUGUAACCAGCAUUUAUAUCUUUUACAAUUAAAUCAUAUUUAAACAUACAAUAUAAUGUAUGAUGUUUGUGGGGGUUUGCAAACAAACAUAAAAUAAGUAUUAAUACUAAUGACAUAGAGUGCUAGGUUAAGGUUAUAUUUAAUUGUAUUUAGCUCUAUUAUCACUUGUUAAUAGUUUGUUCUUGCCAGUAUGUUAUGUGGACGAUUUGUAUUCUUUGUUAAAAAUGUAUAGUUAUGGUACAAUAUAGAAUAAAAGAAUGAAAAAAAUGGA